UGGACAAAAUGUUGAUAACUAACCAGCGACAACGACAGUAAAUGGGUACUCUUUCAGUUGAAAACAUGUUGUUUACCAGUCUCGCAAUUCUUCUCCUUUGGUACUUCCACUACCACUGGAAAAGGCGCCACCUUUACCGCCACGCUAGCAAAAUACCAGGCAUAAAAGGAUACCCUGUUGUUGGUAACCUGUUCGACUUUACAGGCGACGCUAACGAAAUUUUUGACAACGUUACAAAACAUUUUGACCGUUGUACGCACAUUGUAAAAGCAUGGAUUGGUCCAAUCCUGGUCUGCGGUAUUACCAAACCUUUAUACUUGGAGAAAGUACUAACAAGUCCAAACACCAAUUCCAGAAUAUACUUAUUCAGAACAGUUGGUCGCAAUUUCUUGGGAAAUGGACUUUUCACAGCUCCAAGACCUGUAUGGAAGCGCCACCGCAAAAUGAUUAACCCGAUUUUAAAUCGGAAAAUCCUCGACCGGUUUGUUGAAGUGUUUGGAACUCGGGCUGUCAUUUUGGGCGAACGGUUAGAAGAGUACGUCGGUAGACGAAACGUGGAUUUAUUACAGAUAGUCAGUAGAUGUACGCUGGAUAUCGCUUUUGAAACCAUAAUAGGUGUUCAGGUCAAUGCACAAGACGGUGAAUCAGAAGUGGUAGAAUGGACAGACACGAUCCUGGAAACGAUGCUCCAUCGACUGUACAACUUUUGGUACCACCACGACUUCAUUUAUAAACGUACGAGGUUGCACAAAGAAACCCAGGUACUUCUAACGAAGUGCAACCAAUUUGUAGCAGAAGCUAUCAAAAACAAGGAAAAAAGCGACAAAUCUGAGUUUCCAGUUUUGCUGGAUUAUUUGCUUGAUUUGUCUUCUAGUGGUACCGAAAUAACAACAGACGAGAUUGUAGACGAAAUUAAAACUUUCGUAGCUGCUGCAUUCGAUACAACGGCCGUUGUCACUUGUUUUGUUAUUACCACGUUGGCGUUGCAUCCUGACAUUCAGGACCAAGUUGACGAAGAAGUACUUCGCGUUUUGGGUCCUGAAAAAAUUCCGGACUUUCAGGAUUUACCUUCUCUUAAAUAUACAGAGUUGGUGAUUAAAGAAACCAUGAGGUUGUUCCCUCCGAAUAUCUUUAUGGCAAGAGACGUACAAGAAGAUUUACCUCUUGAUGAGAACAUAACGCUUCCAAAGGGCUCGGUUGUUAUGCUGGGGGUACUCCACGUUCAUAGAAGUACCGAAUACUGGCCGGACCCUCUCAAAUUCGACCCGGAUAGGUUUUCACCAGAGAGAAGUACCAACCGACAUCCUUUUACCUACAUACCGUUCUCUGCAGGACCUAUGAAUUGCAUCGGUCAGAAGUACGCCAUGAUGUCCUUGAAAACCAUCGUUGCCACUCUUAUCAGAAAAUUUAAAUUUCGUACUGAGUACAAAACGGUCGACGAGGUUAAGUUGAGGACUAAAGUUGUUUUGAGACCACGUGAUGGUUUUAAAACUUAUUUUGAGAUAAGAAAGAACCAAUAAAGAGAAAUUUUUGGUUUGGGUGUUCAUUGUAUGUUU